AUGAAGUUUGGAAAGACGUUCCUGGGCCACCAGGUCCCGGAAUGGCAACACUCAUACAUGAAUUACAAGGCCCUGAAAAAACAGAUCAAGGCCAUUUCCCAGCAGCAGUUAGAGCUCUUGGCAAAAGACCCCGAGGCCGACACUUUGAACGACCCUGACAUUCGGGCGGAGCUGGCUUCUUUUUUCUUCAAUCUUGACCGAAAUAUAGAGAAAGUUGACGAUUUCUACAACAAGCAGUACAGUGAGUACGAGAGGCGUCUCAAGAAGAUAACAAGUGUUCUGGCGCCGUCACAGCUGCAGUUCAAUGAUGACGAAGAGGCGGACGAGGUGAUAGGCAUCAUGCUCGAGUUGCGGAACUGCUUCCGUAACCUGAAAUGGUUCGGGGAGCUCAACAGACGCGGCUUUCGGAAGAUUCUCAAAAAGCUCGAUAAGAAAGUCGGAACCAACCGGCAGGAAGUCUACCUCAGUGCUCGUAUCUAUCCGCUGCCUUUCUCCAACGAGUCUGACAUCAUCCGUAAUUUGAACCAGAUCAAUCUGUAUCUGAACCAGCUGCUUCCUUCCAACGAGACUAACAAGAACCCUAUUCCGAUCGACAUGUACAAUGAAACGGCUGUGCAACAGGCAAACAAGAACAUAAACUCCUCUGCUGCAUCGUCGAUCUCCAAUAUAGACAUGAACAUAAUCAGCUCGUCGUCGUCGUCUCUUUUACCACCUGCAGGCCCUUACAACGGAGGCGUCAAGCCCUUCAAACCUACUCCGAUGGACAACUAUCUCGAGCACAUCCAGAAAGAUGACCCCGAGAGCUUGAAUCAGGCUUUGAUCAAGGACUUUAUGUCUCCUGUUCUUGCUCCUUUGAAGCUGCUCAUUUCGCUGCUCAACAAGGCAACCUUGAAUCUCAGCUAUAAGUGUAUCGACGCGCUUUUGGAGAUCAUCCCCAUUUUGUCUGAUUCUUCCGACAUUAGCGGCAGAAAUUUUAUCCACCACCAUGUGAUUGCUCUGGGAAAACAGUAUGUCAAGAAGAAGGAGCAGCAGGUCGAGAGCCAGACCAUUCCGGUGGCCCAUACGCCUGCGGAUAUUAAUUUUAGACUGGUUUCAACAUUUGGCCCCGACGGAAUAAACUCGAACGACUCUUCGCAGGGUCUGCUGUACAUUUUUGAGCACCUGCCUGCGCACUUGAAGUUUGCCAUUUUGCAGAAAGACACGUACAAACGGACUCCACUCCACUACGCGGCACAAUACGGCCUCAAAGAGGUGACCCAUAUUAUUCUUGAAUUUUUGAAAAAAUGGGGGCUUUACAACGAGAACAUUUCUUUGGACGACAAACAUGUGUGGGGAGACUCUGAGCUGCUGACGCCUUUGCAUCUUUCAAUUCUCGGCACCCACCCAAGGACCACAGCGGUACUGAUUGAUGCCAUGAACGAUAAGGUUGCACUGACCUGUCCUGAGCUGCUUCUGAUAGCCACACGACUGGACUCUCCGGGAAUUAUUGAGUCGCUGCUCAGAUGCAAGGGAGCCAGCAUCGACUACGCAGAUCCAGACACCAAGGAAACGGCGCUCUAUAUUGCUGCCAAGUUGGACCUAAGGAAAUCCGUUGAGUUCCUGUUAUCCAGGGGAGCGAACACGGAGCUGGGUGAGGCUACGUUUGGAUGGACGCCUGUUUUCGUGGCGGCCGCUGAAGGAUAUAAAGACGUGGUCCAGCUGCUUAUCGAUCAUGGUGCCAAGUUUGAUUUGCAAGACCUCAGUGGCUGGACGCCGCGAGAACACGCUUGCUUGAGAGGCCAUCUGGACAUUGCUCGGAUUCUCACGCCAAAAGACUACGAUCCUUAUAAGCUGCUGGAGUCCAAACCUAUUUCCCCAGUGUUAUCGCCGCAAACCAAGCCGUACAACAUGAGCGAGCUAGCCACCAGUUUGGAUAGAAUUUCCGACAGCAACAACGAGCACAACGUCCUCAAGCAUUUGAGACAACAACGAUCUGCAUCGCCAAACGCUCGUCCUGUCAAGUCCUUCGGUCACCAGUACCUGAAACCCAACGAGUCGCUGAUUCUUAUUACUCUGGGCACCACUGACCUGAGAGACAAGACGCCUGCGAUCGACUUGAAGCGAGUGCCGUUGUCCAAAGCCCAUAGCACCGAACUUGACACUGCGCUAUCGAUCGUCAUCAACGCCAAGAACCUUGACCAGCCGUCGGUACUUUUGGAUUUGCCGUUAGAUGACAACCACGGAGGUGCCAGCGACCCUAUUAGCUUCAAAUGCGUCGAUAAGGAUCCUUUGGACACAGUGAUUUUCUUUGACAUAGUGCCUACAUACCAGUCGGUGGAGGAAAAUAGGGAGAAGAAGAUUCUGGGCCGUGCAGCUGCUCUGCUAAGGUCUGCGUACACCAAGGUGGGUCCGAAUCUGCGGUCGCUGUCGAACUCGAUCAGUCUGCCGAUCCUGGAGAGCGACACAUUGGAGGUGCUUGGAACGAUCAAGUUCGAGAUCAUGCUGAUUACGCCGUUCAGACAUCCGAAAAUGGUGCUCGACAGACCAGAAACCUACUGGAAGUCUUUGGUUUCGUCACGAGUCAUUGGUCACCGCGGAAACGGAAUGAACAGCCGCGACCGUAAGUCGCUGCAGCUUGGAGAAAACACGGUCGAGUCGUUCAUUGCGGCAGCCUCGUUGGGAGCUUCGUAUGUCGAGUUCGACGUUCAGCUGACCAAGGAUCACGUUCCCGUCGUUUAUCAUGACUUUUUGGUCGCCGAGUCUGGCAUGGACGUUCCUAUGCAUGCGCUGACUCUCGAGCAGUUCCUUGGACUCAAUAACACCGACUCUAAUAAGCAGAGCGGCAUCAAGGAGAGCAGAGACGACUACUACCUAUACAAGAAGUCACGUGGCCGGGCCGCGUCGUUCGAGCCGCGCACGUCAGUUCCUAAGGAGAAGGAUGGCGACGACUUCUCGCCCGAGAACGAGCGGAUGAAGCUCACCAAGACAUGGAAACUCAAACAGUACAAGGGAAAUUCACGUGGCUCUUCGAUUGCGUCCUCGUUCGUGACGUUGGUGGAGUUGUUCAAGAAAGUGCCGAAAAACGUCGGUUUCAAUAUCGAGUGCAAAUAUCCGAUGCUGGAUGAGGCAGAGCACGAGGACAUGGGCCAGAUCGCGAUCGACCUGAACCACUACGUCGAUACAGUGCUAAAAGUGGUGUAUGAAAACGCCGAUGGAAGAGAUAUCAUUUUUUCGUCGUUCCACCCAGACGUCUGUGUGCUGCUCUCUUUGAAACAGCCAUCGAUCCCGAUUUUGUACCUCACGGAGGCGGGAACACAGCCAAUGGCCGACGUGCGGGCCAGCUCGCUGCAGAGCGCCAUCAGAUUCGCCCGCAAAUGGAAUUUGCUGGGAAUCGUGUCUGCUGCCGACACCAUUGUGAUGUGUCCUAGACUGGCCUCCGUGGUGAAGGCGAGCGGGCUGGUGUGCGUGACGUAUGGCGCAGCAAAUAACGACCCUGAAAACGCCAAGCUGGAGAUGGCGGCAGGUGUGGAUGCCGUCAUCGUCGACAGCGUCCUGGCUGUGCGGAAAGAAUUGACAAAGACACGAAAUGAAGACGUGAGAUUGCUUAGUGGCUAA